AUGGGUAUCACUGACAAGCAAGAAGCUAUGGUGAAAGACUCAUGGGAGGUGGUGAAGCAAAACAUUCCUGAGUUGAGUCUUCGUUUCUUCACCUUGAUCUUAGAGAUUGCUCCGACGGCAAAGAACAUGUUCUCAUUCUUGGAAGGCACUGAUGAAAUUCCUCACAACAAUCCCAUGCUCAAGGCACAUGCACUUAAGGUCUUCAAGAUGGUGAGUCCAUAUUAG